AUGGCGUUGAAAGAUAUGGAUCGUGACCUACCCAAAUAUCCAAUCAUCAUUGAGGUCACAGAAGAAGAUAGUAAACAGAACAAUGCAAUGUUACCAUUUGGUGUGCAACCCAGUGGACCAAAAUUUUCAUUGAUGGAUAUGUCAUCAGAUAUAUGCGGGGCGAUAAUUGAACCGUUGUGUGAUAAUUAUGAGCAUGAGGUUACGGUUGUAUCGGUCACCAAUGCUAGGGACAUAAAGACAGGAAGGGUUUUUCGUAACAAAGAGAUCAUGAAGCUAAGCUUGUCCUUUUAUGCCAUCCAAAACAUGUUUGAAUAUGUGGUUGUUCUGUCAGAUAAGAAGAACUAUCUUGUCAAGUGUUCAUAUGACGAGUGUGAUUGGAUCUGUAGAGCAUCUAGGAUGGCUAGAACAGAAUUGCAAGCAACAAAAGCACUUGUGUCGCACUGCAUAAAAUACAAGUACACAUCGUCACGCACUCUGUAUACCCCAAAUGAUAUAUGUAAUGACGUGUUGCAUACGUAUGGAGUAUCGUUGAACUAUGUGAAAGCGUGGAGGUCUUGGGAGGAAACUUUGAAACUAAUUAGGGGUGAUCCAGCAGAUUCUUUUAAUAAUAUACCAAGAUUCUUUACCAUGUUGCAACAUACAAAUCCUAGAACGGUCACAGAUCUGGAGCUUGAUGGUCACAGUAGGUUCAAAUAUUGCUUCAUGACGCUAGGCGCAUCAAUUCGAGGUUGGGGACAUUGUAGGCCGAUUGUUGUGUUUGAUGGUACGUACUUAAAUGGACACUAUGGUGGGACAUUAUUUACGACAUGUACACAGGAUGCAAAUAACAGCAUAUACAUACUUACUUUCGGGAUUGAGGAUAAUGAGAAUGAUGCCUCUUGGACAUGGUUCUUCGAAAACUUGAGGAAGGCGUAUGGCUAUAGAGAAGGGUUGUGCUUCGUAUAG